AUGGACGACGACGCCUCGACCCCGACGCCAGCCCAAGCAACGCCUACAAUGCCGGCAGUAGCAGUCGCAGCAGCAUCACCACGAACAAGAACGCCGACACCUCCAUCACUCCCUCUCGAGCGCUCCAUAUCCCAGCGCAGCGUUAGCGUCGCGUCAGUACGCAGCAGCAGUCGGUCCACGACCCUCCGGACCCGCUCCAAGCGCCUUCCGUCCCACGUCUCGAGCUCGGCCAGCUCCAUCAUCGCCGCCGACGACAAGUCUCUGACCAGCUUUCCCUCGCUUUCGCCCGAGUCGCCCAAACCAGUGCGACCUUUCGCAGACCAGGAGCCUACUGCCUAUGCUGGCGCGCCGCGCACCGCAUCAGGCGCCGUGUCUGUUGCCGAGUCGGAUGCACCUUUGAGCCUACCAGAUGAUACCUUGACAGAGGGCGACGUGACGGCGCCGCCAGCGCUGCCGACGAGGCCAUCGCAAUCUGCGCGCUCUGCCCUCUUCGAGGACUCGCCCAUCGCAACGCAGAAAAUACCCGGCGCGCUCCAUACGGCCGAUGACGAGCACCUCGAUCGUCUCGUGAAGCGACAUGGAGCAAAGGAGCUGGUACGCAUGAUUGCCACCGACCUGGCGCACCGAGAUGCGCAGAUUGCCCUCCUGCGAAGAAAAGCCGACGAAAGGGAGAGAGCUCUGCGAAAGAUCAUAUUGGAAUGUGAACGUCUAUGGCCAGACCGAUACGAAGGGACCAUACGGGCAACGAGCCUCUCCCUGGCCUCAAACGCCGAUCCUGGCACCAACAAGGGCACCACCCGUGGGUGGAAGGAUUUCCUCUGGGGUGGUAGCAAGAGGGGAAGCGUUGCCAGCAGCAUCAACGGCGACGAUCCGCGAUCCAAGACGAUCGUUCGCACACAGUCCCAUGCUGACCGCAGGCCUGGUCUCCAGGAUGAUCUCUUCAACCCACCCCCGGACACGACCUCUCUCCGAAGCGCGAGCAGAGCCUCGAGCAUCAGCUCCGUCGCGCCUUCGCCCCGCAAACCGUCAGGUGUCACGGCCAGCCUCCUGCGGCUCGUCGCCGGCGGCGCCAUGGCUGGGCGCGAUGUCGACCCCAUCAGGGGUCGUUCGAACAGCGCGACACACGCACGCCAGGCCCGGGCAUCGUCCUCUGCCAGCGGGCGCACCACCGGAUCGAGCCGUGCAGUAUCGAACCAGAGCAACCCUAAAGCCCUCAUGCCAUGCAACGCGCCAUUCCAGCGGGCUUUGGGGGGUUCCCGCCACCGGGGAGAGCUCCCUCCCCAAAGAACGCUGGGAACCCCAUGGUCGGGAGCCCAACCCAAAGGUUUACCCAGUCGGCAGGGAAGAGCUAUUGGACCUGGUCGAGAAUGGAUGGCCAUUUCUGGCCCCCCCGAAGACGCGCCCCGCCAACUCUCGAAGGGACUCGGCGAUGACGUCGUUAGGGAGAUCAAGGCCGACGUGACGAGGACCCUGACACACAACACGUUUUUCCGCAACGGAGCGCCCGGGGUACAGCGACUAGAUGAUAUUUUGACCGCUUACGCGUGCCGCAACCCUCAUAUUGGCUACUGUCAGGGUAUGAACCUCAUCACGGCGAACUUGUUGUUGGUGACUCCCUCGGCUGAGGAUGCGUUCUGGAUUUUGGCGCGCAUCGUUGAGAGCAUUUGCCCGACAGACUAUUACGACAAGUCUCUCCUGACGGCGCGAGCAGACCAGCAGGUGCUGCGUCAGCUCGUGACGGAGAUUCUCCCUCGACUGUCCGACCAUCUUGAUUACCUCGGCGUUGAUCUGCAGAUCAUGAGCUUUCAAUGGUUCCUCUCCGUUUUCACUGACUGUCUAUCGGCCGAGGCCCUGUUUCGUGUCUGGGACGUGGUGCUUUGCAUGGAGGAAGGCAGUCUCUUCUUAUUCCAGGUGGCAGUUGCAUUGCUCAAGCUCAAUGAGACGCAGAUCCUGCAAUGCGACUCCUCGACGGCCGCGUACACCUAUCUCAACCAUCAGAUGACCAACCAUGCGAUCAGCAUUGACAAUAUGAUCAAGGCGUCUGAGGCGUUGCGCCGGUAUAUCCAAAAGGAAGACGUGGACGCGCGGCGCAAGUCAGCCAUUCAGGCCAUGAAAAUUGCCGCUGACGAGAGAGAGGAGGCCAAUGCUGCUAGGAGGGCGCAGCGGGAGGACGCCGAAACCGCGGCUGCGUCGGUUUGA